AUGAAGAAAACCACUCUGCUUCUCCAAUGGCUACUCCUUCUUCUACCACUAACAGCUUCCCUCUCCCCGUCUCCCUCCAACGUCGUCGACGGCGACUGCUCCGACAAAUGCGGCAACGUCACCGUCCCCUACCCUUUCGGAAUCGGCGACCGGAAAUGCGCAAUCUCCGCCCCCUUCCUCCUCAAUUGCAACUCCUCCGCCGUCCUGGUGUUCGGCAAGAACAUCCCCGUCACCAACAUAUCCGUCGAGGAAGGCACCUUCUCCGCCGUUAUCUCCGCCGUCGCCCGCUGCUACAACAGGACCGAUCCGGCGAGGAACCGCACGACGAUGGGGCGGUCAAUCAAGCUCGGCGGCGGGCCCUUCCGGCUGUCCAACGUCUACAACAGGCUCACCGCCUUCGGCUGCAACACCCUGGCCUUCAUGACCGACAAAGCCGGCACCUUCGGCACAGGCUGCGUCUCCUUGUGCGGCCGCGGCCGCGUUCCCGCCGCCGCCAAUUCGAGCUCGGAGCUCUGCUCCGGGAUCGGGUGCUGCCAGAGCGCGAUUCCCCAGGGAUUGAAGUUGAGGACUCUGAAUUUCACUGUUUCCAGGGCGAGGAGCCGCGGCAGGAAUAAUUCGGCGUCGAAUCCUUGCGAUUACGCUUUCCUGACGGAUGUCAGAAGCUUCGAUUUCGGCGGGGUGAAGCUGUCGGAGCUCCCCGAACGGAAUCCGAGGAGCUCGAGGGCAGCGAUCGAGUGGGUGGUCGAGGAGAAGACAUGUAAGAAGGCGAAGUCGAAGUCGAAUUCGAGCUCGAGCUCGUACGCUUGCCGCGAGAAUUCCAAUUGCGUUUACUCGGAGAAUGGGAAUGGUUACAGGUGCUUGUGCAAGCCCGGGUUCACAGGAAACCCCUACCUUGGCUGCCAAGACAUCAAUGAAUGUGAGGAGGCAGAGAAUUACCCAUGCCAUGGACGUUGCAAGAACACAAAGGGGAGCUACAAUUGUAGUUGUCCAUUUUGGAUGCGUGGCGACGGCAAAGUUUCUUGCCAAGUAUCCAGCGUUACGGCCAUUGUUGCAGUAACUGGAUGCAUCAUCUUGCUAUUCACCAUCAUUCUUCUGACCUUCAUCAUCUACAAGCGAAGAAAGAGAGAGAAGAACUUCUUACUGAACGGGGGAAUGCUACUAGAGCACCAAAGGGUGAGAAUCUUCAAAGAAUCCGAGCUCUCCAAGGCCACCAAAAACUACGACCCUGCCCACUUCCUCGGCGAAGGAGGGUUCGGCCAUGUCUAUAAAGGAAUCCUGCCCGACAACACCCUCGUCGCGAUCAAGAAACCCAAAGACUCAAUCGACAAGGCACAAUCCAUCAACCAAGAAUUCCAGCACGAAAUCGCCAUCGUCUCGCAAGUGAACCAUGUCAACGUUGUGAAAGUGGUUGGGCUCUGCCUCGAGACCAAGCUCCCGCUAUUGGUCUACGAGUUCAUCCCCAACGGCACGCUCUUCGACCACAUUCACAAACAGAGGUCGAAAGCGAUGUCUACGUGGAAACACAGGCUGAGGAUCGCGACGGAGAUCGCUCAAGCGCUCGACUACCUGCACUCGCUGGCGAACCCUCCAAUCAUCCACGGGGACAUCAAGUCGGCCAACAUUCUUCUCGACGAGGGUUUCAGGGCCAAAGUCGCCGACUUUGGCGCCUCUGUUCUGAUCCAUCCCGACCAGACUACGGCCGUGCUUAACAAGAUUCAAGGCACGCUGGGUUAUCUCGACCCGGAGUAUCUCGUGACGGGUGAUCUCACUCCGAUGAGCGAUGUCUACAGCUUUGGAGUGGUCAUGGUGGAGCUUCUGACAGGGGAGAAGCCUUAUGGGAGCUCGAGCAGAACAGGGGAGAAGGUUAAUUUGAUUCAGUAUUUUUUGAAUUCGGUCGGGGAUAUGAAUUUGGGGAGGAUCGUGAAUUUCGGGGCGAUUCGAGAUGGGGAGAUGGAGGAGAUUGAGGCGUUUGCCGAGGUGGCGCGGCGGUGCUUGAGUUUCAGCGGGAUGAAGCGGCCGGCGAUGAAGGAGGUGGCGGAGGAGCUUGAACGACUAAGGAAGUUGAAUGAGAAUUCUUCUUGGGGUUCUAAUCGGAAGGGUGAGAAUGGUGGAGAGGAGACGGAAUAUCUGUUGAGGAAGGAUGGCGGUGAAUCUUGUUCUUUAUCGUUCAGUGGGUUCUCGGAAGUUUUGAUAGGGACGACGGAGGAGCAGCCGACGGCGGAAACUCAUAGCAACGUUUCAAUGAAUAUGGAGUCGUAUGAGUUUUGCCGAUGAUGAUAUCAUGGACUCCAUUUUGCCUUUGUUUUUGUCUAUUUUGUUUCUCAAGUUCCAAUUCUAUUUUAUUGAAUAAAAAAUAUUUCAAUAAAUACACAUCUGAUUUGACCUACGAACAAAUACGUAAAACUACUUUUCAUCAAAUGUUUGAAAAGUAGCAAAGGACAAAUUGGUCCAAAAGGCAUAUUUAGUGACAAAAUAUUCUCU